CCCCCGUCCCAGCUCCCCGCCGCCACCUCCUCGUCCCGCCCGCAGCUCCCGGCAGAGUUGCCCCAGAGACCGCGACGCCGCCGCUCCGAGGGACCAAUGAGAGCCCCGCCGCUGCCGUCGGCGCCCGUGGUGCUGUCGCUCUUGAUCCUCGGCUCAGCCUAUUAUGCUGCUGGACUGGACGUCAAUGAAACUUACUCUGGGAAAGGGGAACCACUUUCUGGGGACCACAAUGCUGAUGGAUUUAGUGUUACCUCAAGAAGUGACGUGUCCUGGGGGAGUGAGAUUUCUCCCGUGAGUGAAAUGCCUCCUGGUAGCGAACUGUCCUCAGGGAUCGACUAUGACUACGCAGAUGAGUACGACAACGAACAACAGAUGUCUGGCUAUAUCGUGGAUGAUUCCGUCAGAGUUGAACAGGUAGUUAAGCCCAAGAAAAACAAAACAGAAAGUGAAAAGACUUCAGAUAAACCCAAAAGAAAGAAAAAGGGAGGCAAAAAUGGAAAAAAUAGAAGAAACAGAAAGAAGAAAAAUCCAUGUGAUGCAAAAUUCCAAAAUUUCUGUAUUCAUGGAGAAUGCAAAUAUAUAGAGCACCUGGAAACAGUAACAUGCCAAUGUCAUCAGGAAUACUUUGGUGAACGAUGUGGGGAAAAGUCCAUGAAGACUCACAGCAUGGUUGACAGUGAUUUAUCAAAAAUUGCCUUAGCAGCCAUAGCUGCCUUUGUCUCUGCCAUGAGCUUCACAGCUAUCGCUGUCAUUAUUACAGUCCAGCUUCGAAAACGAUACUUCAGGGAAUAUGAAGGUGCAGCAGAAGAACGAAAGAAACUUCGACAAGAAAAUGGAAAUACACAUGCCAUAGCAUAACUGAAGAUGAUAUUACAGGGUAUCAGAUCGGAGUUGCUGCCAAGUCACAAGCAUGAAUGAUGAGUUGGUUCCUCUUUUCAGUGGAUCAUAAGAAAACAGAACCUUUUUGUUCUGAUGGUUUUAAACUUUCAAUUGUCAGUUUUUAAUGCUAAGUCUUAUUUCUGUACAUAAAGAUGCAUGGAGAUAAAAAGUAUUUUUUCAAGUUGUAAAUAAUUUAUUUAAUAUUUAAUGGAAGUGUAUUUAUUUUACAGCUCAUUAAACUUUUUUAAUCAAACAGAU